AAUGACACUAAUCUACAAGAAGCAUUAUUGAUAUUAAUGAGCUUACUACUCCAACAAACAGUCCAACCUGAAGCAUCUGAAGAACAUCCUGCUUAUCUAGGAUUUAUCACUGAAGAUACUUCUAUUUUUGCUCCAGCAGAAGUAGAAUUAAGGAAGCAUAAUCCAAUAGAAACCUAUGAAUUUGAAGAGGAAAAGUUAGAGGACAGGAUUUAUAGAUUUUCAGAGGUAGAAGAACAAGAUGAAGGUUCUAAGGAAGAUGCUGGGGAGGAUGACAGGAGAAGGAGAAGCCUGGAUGAAGAACCACAUGUUGAUGAAUUAGCAGAAUUAAACCCACCAGAUCUAGCUGUAGAGAAGUACAAAGAAAUCGCUGACCUCUUCGACUUUUAUUUUGAUGAAGAAGAAAAUCUAGUAGCAAUAGUAUCUCCGAGCUUGGCUGAACCAAUAAGUGUCGCCACCGGAUAA